UUCUAUUUUUUAAGUUGUUCUUUCACAAAUCCUAUUCCACUUAGGAAUUGACAAGCAAAUCUAAACACAAAUUCGAGUCCCAAAACAAGAAGGAGAAGAGAGGUAGACCACAUUGUUUUCCCAUUGCCAACAAGCUUGAAACAAAACCCAUUAUAUAAAAAACGUAAGCUUUCAAUUUCACCCAAUUCUGUGUUUCUCCCACUGUGUGUAGGAAAGAGAAGGCAAAACAGACCCCCCACCCGAUAUAAUCUUGUAAAUACCAUCAAUCGCUCACAUAACGGUCCUCAGAAUUCCAAGGCUCUAAGCAACCAUAGAUUAGCUCAACCCAAGUCGCUGACAUGUUCUUUUCUCCCCCUAAACUUUUGCUUGCAAUCCCUUUUAAAUCUCCCUAAUUUGGUCAGAUUUCCACUUCCUCUGAUCGCAUUCCAUGCAGCCCUUUCAACACUCUAUGAAUUUUGAUAAUUUUACAGGUGGUAAGUCCAUUCUUGCUUGAAAGAUUCAACGUGGAAAUCAGAGUGUGCAUGAACACUGCUCUGUUUUUUUGCUUCAAACUGAAAUAAAGAGAUUGAUGGAUUCCACUCAUGGGUGCCCUAAACAAGUAUGCGCUAAAUACCCACUUUGAUUUCGUGAAUAUGGGUUCUGCUGGUUGGGGUUUUCGGAGAAAGAUGGCUCUUUUUCCUGCCUCUUUCACGCUCUCUGUCUCUGCCCUUUUGCUUACUAUGUUCAGAUUUUUCAGCAAAAUCUUCCUCAGUUUCAAUAAAGACGAGAGUUCUCUGAUGAACAAUUCCUGUUGCUCUAGCCCUCUUUCGGAAGAAAGCAAUCAAAUGGUACCGAGCCGUAUUGAGCCAGAAGCUAUGCCCAUGAAAGCUGAUUCUGAGAUUUGGGAGAGUGAGGAUGAUUCAGACUUCAAUGAUAUUGAUGAUAGAGAGACGCCGGAGCCAAAGUUUGUAUUUAAAUUUGAGUACCAGACUAAAGAAAUAUUAGGCAGAAGCAAUAAAGGGAAUGCUAAUGGUGAUUCUCCUGUCUUGGAUAUCGCUUCUCCAGCAGAAAACGAAGAGUACGUGUUCAUACCUGAGAAGCUUAGCCAUUUCAAAGAAGAACCACAAGUCAAAAGCAGCAGCAAAUAUGAAUUUAAAGCUGCAGAGACUCUUAGUUGCUUCGUGGAAGAAGCAAAACUUGCAAGCUUUACUGUCAAAGAAGUACAUGCUGGUAAUUCAAUAGGCGUUUCCAAUUCCCGUGAAGCAACUGUUCAUGAAGAAAGUCCUCAAGAUUCUGCAGAUGGAGAAAGCAAGGAGGAGGAGGAGUCAGAGAAGAAAUCAGUCAUGGAAGAUCCUCAUUCGGAUGAAGAGCAACUGGGGAGUCAGGAAAACGAUUCUGCUGGUGAGAAAGUUGAUUCUCAUGAAGUUAACUUUUUGUCAGAAAAGCACUUUGUUGGUUCAGAUUCUGACACUGAUUCUGUUGGUUCAAGCCAUGUGUUCUCAGCUAGAAGUCAAGCUGUUGGCUCCCCUAGUUAUGGGUUUCUGUCAGAAACAGAUUUUGGGGAAGGAGAUGAACUUGGUGCUUUAGAAGGCAUUGACUUUGAGAAUUUGGAUAUUGGUUAUGAGCCUGAUGGUUUUGAUGAAGAAGAUGAAGACAUAAUGGAACAACUUCGAGAACUAGAAGCGUUGCCUGGGAAUGAUCAUCACAGCCCCAGCAGCUCCAAUCCUGAAGGAGGCAGUAGCAAAGAUGAAAAGCCAAUGGAUGGUUCAGAAAAUUCUGAAAAACCCAAUGGUCAAAAUUCGUCAGCUAAUGAUUCUGAGGAUUCAAACACAUUAGAAACAUUGUGGGAACACCAGCACUUGAUAGAACAGUUGAAACUGGAGCUCAAGAAAGUCAGAGCUACUGGUCUGCCUACCAUUCUUGAAGAAUCUGAGUCCCCAAAUAUGGAUGAUUUGAAGCCAUGGAAGAUUGAUGAAAAAGUCCAUCGCGGUGAUAAAAUGGGAGAGCUUCACAAAUUCUACAAGAGUUACAGAGAGCGAAUGCGAAAAUUCGAUAUUCUGAAUUACCAGAAGUUAUAUGCAAUAGGUUUUUUGCAGUCUAAGGACUCACUACAAUCGUUUUCAAGAUGCACAUCCUCAGCUCCAACAGUCUCAUCCUUUUGGAGGUGCAAACGCAAAAAAGACUCUAAUUCUGAUUCUGAUUCUGACCCUAUGGUCAAGUUCAUUAGAGAAUUGCAUGGUGAUUUGGAAGUGGUUUAUGUUGGGCAGCUGUGCCUUUCUUGGGAGUUCCUUCAAUGGCAGUAUGAGAAGGCCUUUGAGCUUUGGGAAUCUGAUCCAUAUGGAAUACGUUCGUACAAUGAAGUUGCUGACGAAUUCCAACAGUUUCAAGUGCUCAUGCAGAGAUUUGUAGAGAAUGAACGUUUUCAAGGGCCAAGGGUCGAAAAUUAUGUCAAGAAUCGAUGUGUCAUGCGCAAUCUUCUUCAAGUUCCAGUGAUCAGAGGGGACAAUUUAAAGGAUAAAAAGAAAGCAAGAAGGAAAGGCAAAGAUGCUUAUGCAAUUACAAGUGACAUUCUGGUGGAAAUAUUGGAAGAAUCAAUAAGGAUCAUUUGGCGAUUCAUUCGAGCCGAUAAAAAUGCUAAUAGUACUAUUGCGUGUCGAAAAACAAGACGAGAAGAACUUCAAGACUCCGAUUUGAAGCUUUUAACGGAGGUCCAAACAGAUCUUCUCAAGAAGGAGAGGAAGCUUAAAGACACGUUGAGGGGUGGGAACUGCAUACUAAAGAAAUUCCGAAAGCAUGAAGACGAAGGCACAGAUCACCUGUAUUUCUUCUCUCAAGUUGACAUGAAAUUAGUUUCAAGGGUUUUAAACAUGUCCAGUAUAACAACAGAGCAACUAGUGUGGUGUCACAAUAAGUUAAGCAAGAUACAUUUUGUGAACAGAAAGAUUCGUGUAGAUCCUUCCUUCUUGCUAUUUCCAUGCUAGUAAUAAUUAGCCUUUUCCUUUUCUUUUUGGUCCAACCAAACAAGUAAUAUUAGUUUUCCUCACUGUAUAUUUUGAUCCCAGGCAUAAUGAAUCAUAAUUAUAUA